CCGGGGCGCUAUGAGCCAUGAAGCCACCCGGCAGCAUCUCCCUGCGGCAGCCUGGCUGCGGUGGCCGCUGCCGCCCCGCGCUCCUGCCGCUCCUCGGCCGCCUCGUCUCGCUGCUCCUGCUCCUCCAUGGCUCCUCCUGUCCCCGGGCCCACGCGGCUGCGGCGGCCGCCGGCCUGCAUUGGAAUGAAACAGCAAGCGGUAUAGAGGGAGAACUGGCAGAUGAAGAGAAUACAUUUCAACAGAGUAACAGCAGUAACAGUAAAAAUAACAGCUACAGCAAUGCAAUACAGAAAGAAAUCACACUGCCUUCAAGACUAAUCUAUUACAUCAACAAAGACUCUGAGACCCCUUACCAUAUCCUCGAUACUAGGGCAAGGCACCAGCAGAAACAUGACAAGGCUGUACAUCUGGCCCAGGCAAGUUUCCAGAUCGAGGCCUUUGGCUCCAAAUUCAUCCUUGACCUCACAUUGAAUAAUGACUUAUUAUCUUCCAAUUAUGUGGAGAUUCACUAUGAAGAUGGAAAACCAAAGUUUUCUAAGGGGGGAGAGCAUUGUUACUACCAUGGAAAUAUCAGAGGUAUCAAGGAUUCCAAAGUUGCUCUUUCGACUUGUAAUGGACUUCAUGGCAUGUUUGAAGAUAGUACUUAUUUGUACUUGAUAGAACCAAUGGAACUGACCCACAGUGAAGAAAGUAAAAGUAGGCCACAUAUCAUCCAAAGAACUUACGGAACACAAGCCUCCAAGCAGUUGCAGGACCUUGAGACUGACUCUAGUUCUGAAUGGCCCUUUCUGUCUGAACUUCAGUGGCUGAGGAGAAAGAGAAGAAAGAGAGCAAUAUCUCGUGGUGUCUUCGAAGAAAUGAAAUAUCUGGAGCUCAUGAUAGUCAAUGACCAUAAAAUGUUCAAAAGGCACCGUUCUUCAAAUGCAUACACAAACAAUUUUGCAAAGUCUGUGGUAAAUCUUGUAGAUGCUAUAUACAAGGAACAGCUGAACACCAGGGUGGUUCUUGUUGCUGUGGAAACUUGGACAGACAGAGAUCGCAUUAAUAUUCACCCGGACCCUCUGCAGAUGCUCCACGAUUUCUCCAAAUACCGACAGCACUACAUCAAACAGCACGCUGAUGCUGUGCACCUGCUCUCGAAUGUGACAUUUCAUUACAAAAGGAGCAGCUUAAGUUACUUUGGAGGGGUUUGCUCUGUGGCCAGAGGAGUUGGAGUAAAUGAGUAUGGCCUCCCUUUGCCCAUGGCACAGGAACUAGCACAAAGUCUUGCUCAGAACCUUGGAAUACAAUGGGACCCAGCUACAAGGAAACCGAAGUGUGACUGCACUGACUCCUGGGGUGGUUGCAUCAUGGAGGAAACAGGGGUAUACCAUUCCAGGAAAUUCUCCAAAUGCAGCAUUGCAGAAUACAAAGAAUUUUUACUUCGUGGGGGAGGUGCCUGUCUUUUUAACAGGCCAACAAAGCUCUUUGAGACCACAGAGUGUGGAAAUGGAUAUGUAGAAGCAGGAGAAGAAUGUGAUUGCGGUUUCCGAAUGGAAUGCUAUGCAGACUGUUGUAAGAAGUGCUCUCUUUCUAAUGGAGCUCAUUGUAGUGAUGGACCCUGCUGUAAUACAUCAUGUCUUGUGAGUUUUUUCCCACGAGGUUACGACUGUCGAUAUGCAGUGAAUGAAUGUGAUAUUGCAGAGUUCUGCACUGGGGAUUCUGGACAGUGUCCACCGAAUCUUCAUAAACAAGAUGGGUAUGCCUGUGAUUCUAAUCAGGGUCGUUGCUAUAAUGGUGAAUGCAAGACAAGAGAUAAUCAGUGCAAAUAUAUCUGGGGAUCUAAGUCUUCAGGAUCUGACAAAUUUUGUUAUGAAAAGCUUAAUACAGAAGGCACAACAAAGGGAAACUGUGGAAAAGAUGGAGACCGAUGGAUUCAGUGCAGCAAACAUGAUGUUUUCUGUGGCUUUUUGCUCUGUACUAAUCUUACUAGAGUUCCACGAGUUGGUCAAGUUCAAGGAGAAAUUAUCCCAAAUUCUUUUUAUCAUCAAGGACGCAUAGUGGACUGCAGUGGUGCUCAUGUUCUUUUAGAUGAUGAUACAGAUUUAGGUUAUGUGGAGGAUGGAGCUCCAUGUGGACCUCAAAUGAUGUGUCUGGACAAAAAGUGCCUGCCAAUUCAGUCCUUGAACAUAAGCAGCUGUCCCACUGGUUCUAAUGGAAAAGUCUGUUCUGGUCAUGGGGUUUGUAGUAAUGAAGCCACUUGCAUUUGUAAUUUCUCCUGGGCUGGGACAGACUGCAGCAUUGAUGAUCCUGUCAGGGAUACUGGUGGCAAGAAGGAGGAAGGACCCAAGGGUCCUAGUGCCACCAAUCUUAUAAUAGGCUCCAUCGCUGGUGCCAUCCUGGUAGCAGCAAUUGUCCUUGGGGGGACAGGAUGGGGCUUUAAAAAUGUCAAAAAACGAAGGUUCGAUCCAAGUCAACAAGGCCCUAUCUGAAGAGAUGCCAUUCAAAAAGCUGUUUCUUGCACUACUGGAUUUUGGGUAUGAUGUCUUCACUGUAGCUGCACAGGAACUAAAUCUGUAAGGAAGAACUUGAGAAACAGUAACUAAACACAAUAUUGGGAUAUUGGAAUUUGAGUUGGUAGAACACUGUCCUUUUUGGAGAUAAGUUGGAAAUACUUCCUCUAUUCACCUUUCUCUUGUUAACAUUAACUGACAAGUGUUACAAGCAAACUGUUUCAAAAUCAGGUGUUUUUUUUUCCUCAAACAAAGGAGACACACAGACCAAGUGCAAUAAGAGAACUGCUCCAAAAUAAUGGAAUAGCAGAAGAUUCUUUUCCCAGCCUGCUGGCACUCUUAACUUCACUUGAGUUCGCAUGACUUCCUUUUUCUUAUCAAACUCCAGUGGCAUGAGGAGCUAAUUUUGAAAGGGUAACCUGCAUGGCUCACAUACAAACAACCAAGUUAGCAAGCUGACCCCAAGCAAAAUCUGCAGCCCAAUAAAUAUAAAUCACUGGGAAGCCAGUGCCAGGCUUCGAUAGCUUUUCCAGCCACGCAGUGCAUUCUGCUGCUGGACUUGAGGGUUCCCUGCUCCGUGAGCUCGCUGUCCACCUUGUUUUGGUCUCCUAGGUCAGGAGUCUGUUAGUUAUGGAAGCUAGUGAAUGAUGGAUGGAAUUUUUCCAAGAAAGAAAAAGUGUAAAUAUGGAAAUAAGAUUUUGAUGUAUCAUUUUCACAGAUUAUAUAUAAAUAUAUAUAUAAAAAUGAGAAAAGAAUUUCCAUAUAAAAAGGUUCUAUUCUUUAUGUAAAUCUAUUUUUGAUGUUGGGUUUGGUUUUGGGUUUUUUUCCUCCCCUUUUUUUCUGUAGCAUGUUGUACAGCGGAUGUUCUGGGCUUGCUCAAAAAAAGGCAGUAAUAGCAUGCAGAUGCAGGGAGUUCUGACACCAAACAGAUGUGAUCUAAAGUUUGUAUGCUUGAAACCAAAAACAAUUAAAAUGUAUAAAUGCAUAUCUAUGUAUUGACUAUAAGUCUGGAUUACUUUUUUUGGCUCUUAUGCAGACUUUUCCAUAAUAUAGGAUAAGUAACACCCUCUCAAGAUAAUCACAGAAGUGCCAAGCUCUUUUUUUUUUUUUUAAGUGUAGCUAGCUUUUUUCCUGUAAAAUAAAAACUUAAAUAAGCCUUAAAAUACUCACAAAAUGUUAAAAGCUUGGAAUGAGUUAUUCUUCUCUUGCCUUCUGCCCAUCCACUCAAAGCAACUUGCAAAGGUGACCUGACAUUUCUAACUCACUCCCUGUAUCUCUUUGAUGCAUUUCACUUUUCAAAGUUUAAUGCAAGAUUAAUACUUUGACCCUUGGCUACUGACAGCCAGUUACCAUCACAACGUGUACAGAAUGCCAUGUAAUUUCAGGGGGUUGUGUGUUGUUAUUACUUUUAGAUACACCUUGCGUACAAGCAGAUUUUUGCAGAGAAGUCCUGGGCAGCAGUACCGUGCCCCAGGAACAAGGCUAGCCUGGCUGCAUCUGCCUUGAGAAAGAUAUGGGCAGAUGUCUAGGCCUCCCUAAAAGUAUAGAGCUGUCCAGUCUGGCUCAUCCUUUGCAUCUUGGCUUAAAACAGGUAAUUUAGUUUGUGUAAGUGAAGUGACCUGAAAAUUUAAUUGCUGUGUCUGAUAAUCAGAAUUAAAAACUUUUGUAAUUUUGGCUUUAAUGUAAAGGUUGAAUAUUAGUAACAAGAGAAGCCCAGUUACAUUACAUACUCCAUCUUUGUUCAGUGAAAUCCAUUACCCAAGUUAGCUUUAAGAGCCAAAACAUUAAGAAAAUGCUGCAGAUUUCCUGUGACUUAGAAAACAUAAUUUCAGUUAUUUUUCUUAUUAUGAUAAUGUUCAAUUCAACAGUCUCACAAAAGAGCUACAAUAUAUUGUUUUGCUUGACAGUUAUUAUUAAAUAUUUUUAAUCAGCUUUAACAUAAUCACAUUAACACAACUACAUUAUGAGUUAAAGGUGCUGCACACAGGUAGUUGACAUUUCUGUGAAUUAUAAAUCUUAUUCUGAAAAAUUCCUGCCUGGUUUCAAGCAAAAUUACAUUAGUGACAAUCCUUUGAUGGCAAACCAAAAAUACUUGCAACUGUAUUAUGGUUAUCUAAAAAUGCUUUGCUUCAAAACAUCCAACUUUGUUGGGGUUCUGCUUCCAAAGCAAGCAUAACCCACAACAGAAACACUAGUGGUUACCAAAAAUAAAAAUAAGUAAAAUCAACUGGACAUACAUAAACUACCUGUGUAAUAAACCUUGAAGAAGCAUUUCACAAACAACAUUGUUAGUGUGUGAUGUGAUGUUUUAAAUCAGACCACAGUGGUCCCCAACUACUAUGAACAUAUGUUCAGUGCUGGAGUAACUUUUUUAUUUACACCAGCCCUUUCAUAGGACUUACAAUUUCUUGACUGAAUUUAUGCUUCACUCAUCAGCCAUUGUGUGUACGUGGAAGAACACAUUCGCUUUUUGCCCUGUGUGUGCACAACACAAGUGACAACACAGCUCAGAGUAGGUUCUGGAUGAAGUGCUUCCCAUGGCAGUAGAUAAAAAAAUUGGGUUUGGUAGGUGUUGAUUUUCUACAUCCCACCUUUGCUGUGCUUUGGGAAGUGCAUAUCCAUUUAGUGUUACUUUGUUCAUUGCAAAGUGUCAUCAAAAGAAGACUGGGUUGACUCCGCCUCCAUUUCAUCCUCUCUACAUUUGCUCCAUCAUUUACCUACUCAGCUGGACAAGAAACUGUGGUAACUGUAUAGCUCAUUCCAGUUUGCUGCAUGAUCUUAUGAUUUGAUCUGAUGCUCCUAAAAGAGAAGUCUGCUAGGCAAAUUUACAGCUGUAUAGGUGCAUGUUCAAAGAAAAAGAUUACUUAAGGCUGGAGUUUAACGAAUUUUUCUUUACUAUGCAAAGAUGGGUAUUGCACAAACAGAUGAGACAAAUGUCUGAGGAAAUGCCAUAGAAUACUUGAAGCUAUGUUUUAAGCCUAAUCAGUCAUGUUUUAUAUUCAUUACUGCUUCCACUGUUACUCUUCCUUUUUUAAAAUGAUUUGUAAUUAUUUUUUUAAGUGCACAACUUGAUGUUGUUAUAAAUCAAGUUUCUGUUUGAAGUUAAUACUCAUUCAUAUCUUGUUGGCUGCUAAUGAAUGGAAAAUCAAUAGUCCUUGUUCUGCAUAUUAGCAAGAUGAGUAUUAAAAAUGUCAUGAACAUGGAA